ACAGUCUAAAGCCGGCAGCUGGGAAAUAAGGGGACGCCAGACUGCGAAGGCAGUAGGGGAAGAGAGUCCAUUCUUAAAAGAAGAAAGUUUCCUCGGACGAGAAUUACUUUAUUUUCCCCGACCCUAGAUUCUGUGUUUUGUAAACGCGCAAAAAUUUAAUCGACUCCCCCCACCCCCAUUUCCACAGCUAACUUUUUUUUGUCGGAACUUUCAGAUUUUUUUAAAUCAAAAAUUUAACUUCACAUUUUUUUCUUUCUGGUGUGUCUUAUUUUGUGCGAUAUAUAAAUUUUAACGCGAUUUUCGUACUUUUUUUUGGAAGGCGUUUUUACAAAAAAGUUAUUUUUUUCUGUAAGAAAAGCUACGUUUGUUUUUACACGCGCGCUCAGAAUUUUUUUUUGAAAUAAAUUUGUUUUGCAAACACACCCAGAAAGCCACACAUACCCUCCCUCUGCCAUAAAGUUCCAGGGGCGAUUUUCGAACGGCUUACUUCCAGGUGGAAAUUCCCGGGCAAUGGCGGCGUGUCUCCUCCUGCUGCUGAUGCUCACAGACUUUGGUGAAGCAUGUGUCAGCAAAUCUGUUGAUGUAACUGUGCAGAGCCCGGAUGUUAAACAAGAACAAAUAAUUUCAAAAGUGAAUUUGGAACAUUGUCAAAAAGAUAUAUUACAAAUAAGCACCGAUGAUCCAGAUUUUGCUGUGAAGCUUGAUGGUUCCUUAUAUGCAACUCGAGCUCUGCAUAUCAGUGAACAACGGAAUUUUAAGAUUAAUGUACAAGAUGCAGUGACACUGGUGCAUUGCACAAUUCAAGUGCAUCUGUUGACCCACCCAAACCCACAGCAUAAAUUAGGAGAACUCAUUCGAUUCCGACGUGCGGUUGUACUGCGACGUCAGAAACGGAGGUGGAGACCUCUUCCAUUUUCUGUCACCGAGAAUGAUGUUGGACCCUUCCCCCAGUAUGUUCAAACUAUAAAAUCAGAGUUUGAGCAGAACUAUACGUUGUUCUACAAAAUUACUGGGGAAGGAGUAGAUCGCCCUCCUUUGGGUUUUUUCCGGAUCGAACCCGAGACUGGUAGAAUAUUUGUGUUGAAGCCUGUGGAUCGUGAAGAGUACCCAUUGUUUAGGCUGACUGGAACAGCAAGAACUAAGGAGGGAUUUGUUCCUGAAUAUCCUCUUGAUCUGACUGUUAAAAUAAAUGAUGUGAAUGAUAAUACCCCGAAGUUUACUGAAGAGCAGUUCAGUGCAAAUGUAGCUGAAGGAUCUCCAGUUGGUACGUCUUUCUAUAAGCUCACUGCUACUGACCUUGAUGAGCCCAAUACCUUAAAUACUAUGCUUCGUUACAAGAUUCUGUCACAGGAGCCAAUCUCAAAGUUUGGACGACUGUUCUCUGUUGAUGAGCUCACAGGCGAACUUAAAACCAAGUCUGAUAAACUAGACCGCGAAGAACAGGACACUUACACACUCACAGUCGAGGUGAGAGACAUGGGGGGGAAACCUUACGGAUUAUUUUCUACUGGAACUGUUAUUGUGCACGUUACCGAUGUGAAUGACCAUGCUCCAACAUUUAAGAUCAACAAAUAUACCAUUUAUGCUAACGAGAGUGUAAGUGAUGUGAUGAUCCUCCGAAUGCCAGUUGUUGAUCAGGACUUGGAGAACACAGAAGCAAGCAGAGCAGUGUUCACUAUCAUUAAUGGGGACAGCAAUGGAAAUUUCAAAGUUCUAAGUGAUCCCAAGACCAAUAGUGGUCUCUUGUACAUUGUAAAGCCCUUGGAUCAUGAGAAAACACAGUUAAUCCCAUUGGAAAUUGUAGUGGAAAAUGAGGUCCCACUGAUUGGAAGUUCUGCCUCUAGACAAACUGCUUCAGUAGUAGUCAAUGUUGUGAAUGUAGACGAAGGUCCAGAAUUUGAGCCUGCUGUCAAACAAAUCUGGACAAAGGAGAAUGUGGAAAUUGGGAAAGUUUUGGGCUCAUAUGUAGCAAAGGAUCCUGAGAAUCAAAGCAGCGAUGGCAUCAGGUACAGGAAACUAAACGAUCCUGCAGGUUGGGUUUCUAUUGAUUCGCAAACUGGUGAGAUCAAAACUACCACUGUGUUGGACAGAGAGUCUAAAUUUGUAAAACAUAAUAAGUACAAUGUUACGGUGCUGGCCAUAGAAAACAGAUCUCCUUCAAGGACAGGAACUGGGACAGUGGUGAUAAACCUGGAUGAUGUGAAUGACCACAUUCCACUGAUCCAAACCAAUCAGCUGUAUAUUUGUGAGAACAGCCAGCGUGAUUUUGUCAAUGUGUCGGCUGAGGAUUCUGAUGUGGCACCUAACUCUGCUCCAUUUAUAUUUACACUACCAGCUGAGCCACCAGAAAUUAAGAAGAAAUGGAUGAUCACCAGUCAAAUGGGAUCCUAUGCCCAUAUAAAACCAGUAAAUAAACUUGCUCCUGGUUAUUAUGAAGUUCCUGUCAUGGUUGUGGACCAGCAACAUCAGGGAAAAGAACAAACCCUGAAGAUUACAAUCUGCGAAUGCCCUAACAAUGUAAAUUGUGCAGGUAGACUUGCAUCUGGAAGUGCAGUGCUUGGAGGCAUGGGAAUUCUCGUGAUGUUGUUGGCUGCAUUACUGCUGCUUUGCUUGCUCCUGGCAGCAGUUGCUUUGUAUUGCGGAGGUGGUAAAGUGCCACAACCUUCGAUGCCUCCACGUCAAUAUCAACAAAGUCUCAUUGUCUCUAAUGAUGAGGGUGGAGGUCAACAAGAUAAGAACCUUGAUGCAUUGGACAUCAAUCUGCCACAGAAAGGUCAUGCAUCUGAAAGUGACCAGUUUUUUGGCAACCAAGAAACAAGUUUUGACCAGGGCCAACUCCCUUCUGCCCACGUGGAUGGAGCACAAGACUUGCAUUUUGGAAUGAAGACAUUAGAUGAAAUGGUGACUAUAAGUGGUGGAGGUAUUUAUGAUGACUUGUCAAGAAGACAUCACACACAGCCUCUCCAGACCGACAUCAUGCAUCAAGAGUUGACCAACGUAGACACUUACUUAGUGAAUCGGAGAAACAGCCACCAUCUGAUGGAUCUCCUUCGUUCACGCGUUGACCAGGUAUACGAGGACGAGCAGCUGAGAGACCAGACCAUCCCCAGUGACUUUGUGCAUGAUUAUCGCUAUGAAGGAGCUCCUUCAAUCAAUGGGUCUGUUGGCUGCUGCAGUGAUGUGAGAGAGAACAUGGGACAAGAGUACUUGAAUGAUCUGGGACCCAAAUUUGGGACUUUGGCCAGUGUGUCAUUAAAAAGAUAACAAGCGUGUCGAAGCUUCACAGUUCUCUUCACUACCUGUGAAGGUGAAAGAUUUUUCAGUUAGAAGGCUUCUGAGGCAAUUAAGUUGUGUUCUUUACAUCCUUUUGAACUGCGUGGAACAAAUAGCAAUUACCAAAAAGAAUAGACCUUCUAACAUAUAUACCCCUUGAUUUUGUUAUCAACUAGUGCAUUAAGAAAACUAUUGCAUUUGGUUUAAAUGAAUAUGUAUCAAAGCCUUGUUAAAAUGGUCUGGAACUUGAACAUUCCUGCUAUUUCGUGUUUGGGGGUCAGGAUAUGAAUGUGAGGUUGGGGGGGAAAAAAAAAGUAUUGCCCUGUUGUCCUUUUUGAUUAUACCAUCAAACCUUGACUUUGUCAUUUACACUCCAGGAACUAUCUCACAACCUGAAAUUAUAGAUCGUGCUGUUUCUUUUAAUGUCCUUAGUUUAAUGUCUCCCGGGUGACAUUUGAGUUCAAAGUUGUUGAUUUUUAACCAAUGCGUCUGUCUUCAACCCCCACCAUUUCCUGAUAUAUACUACUUUUUUUGUGCGUGUUUUAUCUGUUGGAAUGAGCUGAUCUUGGUCUGAAUUCUGGUGAGGUUCUGAGUUUGUGCAGAGGGAGGAGAAAGAGCUAGAGGGGUUUCCACUCUUGGUAAUGACUGAUAACUGUUGGUGGGGGAAAGAAAAAUUUCAGUGGGGAUAGAGUCUGAUUAGACUGCAGUGAAUGAUCUGAGGCAUCUAACAUAGAUUCGACUGAAGUUUGGGGUGGGCAUUGGGGGUGGGGGGGGCAGCCUGGUGGCACAGUAUAUAGCACUGCUGCCCUGCAAUAACAGGGACCCAGGGUUCAUUUUUACUUUAGGUGACACUGUCUGUGUGGAGUUUGCACAUUCUCCCCCUGUUUUCGUGUGUUUGCUCCGGGUGCUUCAGUUUCCUCCCACAGUCCAGAUUGGGUAGAUUGGCCACACUAAAUUACCCACCAUGUCCAGGGAUGUGCAGGCUAGGGGGGUUAUCCGUGGGAAAUGCAGGGUUACAGGGAUAGGGUAGGGGGCAUGGGUCUGGAUUGGAUGCCCUUCAAAGGGUCGGAGUGGACACGAUGGGCCAAAUGACCUCCUUCCACGCUGUGGAGAUCGUAUGAUUCUGUGAUUUGAGAGUUCAGCCUAAGGUUGUAGUGCCUUUGGGAACUUUUGCAGAGUGAGCUGACACUUUUUUUGUUUUGUCAGGGGAGGAGGGGGAUGUGUGGGGUAAAGGGGAUGGUUGGAGAUUUAAGGAAUUUCAUGCUGCUUCCAGUACUGUAAUGCACGCCUUGAUAACAUGAAUAUCACAUCUGCGAAGGUGAUGCUAAGAUUGACUGACUUAGAUUUCUCAGUAACCUGUACCAGCAAGACCUGGAUAGACCAGUGCCUCUCUUGUUUUGUAAAAUGCAAGUGUUGUUUGCUUUUGGAGGUGUUCGUCACUUCUAAUAUAUAAAGAACAAGUUUGUGCUCAUAUUUUUAUUUUUUUUUCCAUGGGAUGUGCGUACUGUUGGCUGGGCCAGCAUUUAUUGCUCAUUCCUCAGCCUUUGAGAAGGUGCUGGUGGUGAGCUGCCUUCUUGAACCACUGCAGUCCGUGUGCCGUGGGUAGACCCAGUUGAACUUUGAUUCUUCCGAAUCAAAUCUCCUCCCUUUUUAUGGCUGUUCCUUCAUUUUCCCGUUGUUUAAAACAUCUAUAUAAAAUCAAAACCUCUCUUUUUGACGCAGCUUUUGAUCACCUGGUCCAAUAUCUCCUUAUUUGGGCUAGGGCUAAAUUUUGUAUGAUUCUUCUCUAGUACUAUGGGAUGUUUGGACGCAUUAAGGGUGUUGUAAUUAACAUUCAGCUAUCAACAGAACACCUCCCAAAUAGUGGGCAGGGUUACAAAACACUCCUUGACGCUGGUAAAGGGUAGAGACUGCCUUUGUAAAGGAAAACCUUUCCUUGCGUUUUUGCUUCACUUUGCAAUGCUGAUUUAUAAGCUUUUGGUAAAUUUUAGUGAGUUCUUGUGCUCCAGCAAGGGUGAGGAGAUGGGCCGUGGCUAACUUUCAGUCUUUGGCAUGAUGGUCCCUGCAAACAUGUCUGUUUAAAUUUUUGACAUCCUGUGGAUCUGUGCUGUAGUUAAAGAUGAUAACUAGUGGGUGCAGAAUCGGAGAGUCCACCGUUAAAUGUUUAUUUUAAUUUCAUGCCUCAAAUGUUUCUUCUGGGUUGCAUUUGUAACCUUCAGGUAUCUAAAAUGUCAACUUGAAUGUGUAAAUAUCCAUGAGUAAUAAGUGCUGUAACAGUACACAAAUAAGGCAUUAUACAGAAUAUGGCAUCACAUGUUGUAGAAUCAUGAUUUUUCAGAUAUUCAACGAACUUCGCUUUUAUGUGGAUUGCCAAACACCUUUAGUUAUAAAAGUACUAUGGACGUGUGGGAUCUGAAAUAAAAGCUAACGGUGCUGAAGGUAUUCAGUUGAUGUAGCAAUAUCCAUAGACAGUAAAAUAGCUGAUAUUUUGAGUCUGAAAUAAAAAAAUUUCGGUUCCAUUCUGUUCUUAUUUUUGGAAUUUCUAUUUUAAAUUUUCUUAAGAGAACACUGGAUUUGAUAAUGGCUGAUCCCAAUGCUAUGCUGGUUUGAAACUUGUGUGAUGUAUUAAUGUCUGACUUUUGUAUAUCUGUCAAAAUGUAUUUGUAUAAUAAAAUUGUGCAUAAAAGGGAA